UUCCUUUCCCUUCCCAUCAUAAUAACCCCGCGUUGUUUUCUCUUGGUUUUUUUCUGUUGUUGUUGGGGUUUUUCUCUUUCGGUGGGUAGACUUCGCAACCAACCCCAGCAGCUGCUGCCCUUCUCCCUUGCAGCCCACGAGCGAUACCGCGCGAGUCCAAGAAGAAGAAGCAAGAAGCAAGAGGCAAGAGAUAAGAAGAAGCGCCGCCUCCCGAAUCCCUUUUAUCGUCGGUAGCUCCUCUCGCGAUCUCCGCCCGAUCUCGCCUCGAUCGCCCCUCCGAUAGCCGGGGAUUCCGAUCCCCGGCGGAUGAUCCAUGGCAAGCCCAGAAAACAUUAUUGUAGGUUCUCAUGUGUGGGUUGAAGAUCCAGUUGUGGCUUGGACUGAUGGAGAGGUUUUUCAGAUUGGUGGUCAUCAGGUCCAUGUGCGCACAACUAAUGGGAAAACGGUUGUGGCAAAUCUGUCAAAGGUGUUUCCCAAAGAUACAGAAGCCCCACCUGCAGGAGUAGAUGACAUGACAAAAUUAUCGUAUUUGCAUGAACCUGGGGUUUUGCAGAACCUGGCCACACGUUAUGAACUUAAUGAAAUAUAUACAUACACUGGUAAUAUCCUGAUUGCAGUAAACCCAUUUCAAAGAUUGCCGCAUCUUUAUGAUACCCAUAUGAUGGAACAAUAUAAGGGAGCAACAUUUGGGGAGCUAAGCCCACAUGUUUUCGCAGUUGCUGAUGUUGCUUACAGGGCAAUGAUCAAUGAAGCAAAAAGCAACUCCAUCUUGGUCAGUGGAGAAAGUGGUGCUGGUAAAACUGAGACAACAAAGAUGCUUAUGAGAUAUCUGGCAUACUUAGGUGGACGAUCUGGAAUUGAAGGACGGACUGUUGAACAGCAAGUUCUGGAAUCUAAUCCAGUUCUUGAAGCUUUUGGGAACGCCAAAACUGUUCGGAAUAACAACUCAAGGUAUGUUUUCUCUUUUGUUUAUUCCCAUAUAUGGAGAAAUUUCUUCUUUCAAGGGAAACUUGGUUAUAUUUAUGUGAAAUUGGGAAUAUAUUUUUGUUUGCUGGAAUUUAUUUCUUCUUUGUGCUUUUGUGUAUCAUCAUAUCCACCUAACUGGUUGUAUUUUUCAUCUAUGUUCGUGAUAUCACAAUUAAGUCGGUUUGGUAAGUUUGUUGAGAUUCAAUUUGACAAGAGUGGGAGGAUUUCUGGUGCUGCUAUUAGAACCUACUUGCUUGAAAGAUCUCGUGUCUGCCAAAUUAAUGAUCCUGAGAGAAACUAUCAUUGCUUUUACCUUCUAUGUGCUGCUCCUAAUAAGGAUAUAGAGCGGUAUAAGUUGGGGAAUCCUAAAUCAUUCCACUAUUUAAACCAAUCCAAUUGCUUUAAAUUGGAUGGAGUUGAUGAUGCCGAAGAAUAUAUAGCAACUAGAAGGGCCAUGGAUAUAGUUGGAAUAAGUGUGCAAGAACAGGAAGCGAUCUUCAGGGUUGUAGCUGCUAUACUUCAUCUUGGGAACAUUGAUUUUGCCAAGGGACCAGAGAUAGAUUCAUCUGUUAUCAAGGAUGAUAAGUCAAGAUUUCAUCUAAACAUGACAGCUGAACUUCUGAUGUGUGAUGCCCAGAGUCUGGAAAAUGCGCUGAUCAAGCGUGUCAUGGUAACGCCUGAAGAAGUUAUCACAAGAACUCUUGAUCCUGCUUCUGCUAUUGUUAGCAGAGAUGGUUUUUCAAAAACCAUCUAUUCCCGCUUAUUUGAUUGGCUGGUGGAUAAAAUUAAUGUGUCAAUUGGUCAGGAUCCAAAUUCAAAGCAUUUGAUUGGGGUCCUUGAUAUUUAUGGUUUUGAAAGUUUCAAAUGUAAUAGUUUUGAACAGUUCUGUAUCAAUUUUACGAAUGAAAAGCUGCAACAACAUUUCAACCAGCAUGUCUUCAAAAUGGAGCAAGAGGAGUAUACCAAAGAGGAGAUCAACUGGAGCUACAUUGAGUUUGUUGAUAACCAAGAUAUGCUUGACUUGAUUGAGAAGGAUCAGGAAUAUGGAUCUUUCUUCAUCAUUAGCUCUGACAGGAGCAGCAUCUUCAUUUUCAUUCUCAUGGUUUUGAAACCCGGUGGUAUCAUUGCUCUUCUUGAUGAAGCUUGUAUGUUCCCUAAGUCAACACAUGAAACAUUUGCUCAAAAGUUGUAUCAGACGUUUAAGAACAACAAGCGGUUUGUCAAACCAAAGCUUUCUCGUACAGAUUUUACAAUUUGCCAUUAUGCUGGCGAGGUGACAUAUCAAGCCAAUCACUUCUUGGACAAAAACAAAGAUUAUGUGGUGGCAGAACAUCAGGAGUUACUCAGUGCUUCUAAAUGCUCCUUUGUGGCCAGUUUAUUUCCUCCACUUCCUGUAGAAACAGCAAAGGCAUCCAAGUUCUCUUCCAUUGGGUCACGCUUUAAGCUACAACUUCAAGCUCUGAUGGAGACCUUGAGCUCUACACAACCACAUUACAUUAGAUGUGUGAAGCCAAAUAAUGUCCUUAAACCUGCUAUCUUUGAGAACUCCAAUGUCAUCCAACAAUUACGCUGUGGAGGUGUUCUUGAAGCAAUCAGGAUAAGUUGUGCUGGAUAUCCAACUCGGAGAACAUUUUAUGAAUUUCUCCUCCGGUUUGGUCUGCUUGCACCAGAAUUUUUGGAAGGAAACUAUGAUGAUAAGAUUGCCUGUCAAAAGAUUCUGGAUAAAAUGGGAUUGAAAGGUUACCAACUAGGAAAGACCAAGGUGUUUCUGAGAGCUGGCCAGAUGGCUGAACUGGAUGCUCGAAGAGCAGAGAUACUAGGACGAGCAGCCAGAACCAUCCAGAGACAAAUUCGUACAUAUAUUGCUCGCAAAGAAUUUCGUGUUCUACGACAAGCAUCUAUUCGAUUGCAAGCUCUCUGGAGAGGAAGAUUGGCUUGUAAGUUGUUUGAGCACAUGAGACGGGAGGCAGCAGCAGUCAAAAUUCAAAAAAAUUUGCAUUGUUACUUUGCAAGAAAGUCAUAUGCCACACUUCAAUGUGCUGCAAUUACAUUGCAGACAGGCUUAAGGGCAAUGACUGCUUGUAAUGAAUUUCGAUUCAAGAAACAAACUAAAGCAGCAGUUUGCAUCCAGGCUCAGUGGCGUUGUCAUAGAGACUAUUCAUAUUACAAGAAGUUGCAGAUGGCAACCAUUGCUUAUCAAUGUGCCUGGAGACAAAGACUGGCAAGAAGAGUACUCAGAAAGAUGAAAAUGGCGGCAAGGGAGACAGGGGCUUUGAAAGAGGCAAAAGACAAGCUUGAGAAGCGGGUGGAGGAACUAACUUGGCGUUUGCAGCUGGAGAAACGUUUAAGAACUGAUCUGGAAGAGACAAAAGCUCAAGAAAUUUCUAAACUACAAGAUAUAUUGCAUGAGAUGCAGCUACAGGUAGAAGAAGCGAGGUCAACACUGAUUAGGGAACGUGAAGCUGCACGAAAAGCUAUUGAAGAAGCACCUCCAGUGAUAAAGGAAACCCCUGUCUUUGUUCAGGACACAGAAAAAAUUGAUUCGUUGACAGCUGAAGUCGAAAAUUUGAAGGCUUUGUUGCUAACAGAAAAGAAGGCAACUGAUGCAGCCAAUAAAGCAAAUGCUGAAGCACAAGAAAGAAAUAACAAACUAGUUAAGAACGUUGAAGAUUCUGAGACAAAAAUUGAUCAGCUUCAAGAUAGUAUUCAGAGGCUUGAAGAGAACGUAUCAAAUCUGGAAUCAGAGAACCAAGUACUUCGUCAACAGGCAGUUGCCAUCUCACCGACAAGCAGAGCAUUAGAAAUGCGUUCAAAAACAACUAUCAUCCCGAGAACACCAGAGAAUGGAAAUGUUCUAAAUGGAGAGACUAAACUUGCAUUGGACUUGAGUCCUGCCUUACAAAAUCCCAAGGAUCUUGAAGUCGAGGAAAAACCACAGAAGUCACUCAAUGAGAAGCAGCAGGAAUACCAGGACUUGCUUAUUAAAUGCGUCUCUGAAGAGUUAGGAUUCUCUAAGGGUAGACCUGUUGCUGCUUGCCUCAUAUAUAAAUGCCUCCUUCAAUGGAGAUCUUUUGAAGUUGAAAGGACUAGUAUCUUUGACCGCAUCAUUCAAUCCAUAGGCUCAGCCAUUGAGUCUCAGGAUAACACUGAUGUAUUAUCCUACUGGUUGUCCAACACAUCCACACUGUUGUUGCUCCUCCAACGAACACUAAAGGCAAGCGGGGCAGGCAGUUUUACUCCACAGAGGCGAAGAACAUCAGCUUCUUUAUUUGGGAGGAUGCCUCAAGGGAUUCGCGCUUCACCGCAGAGUGCUGGGCUUCCUUUUUUCAAUAAUCGCUUGGUUGGUGGAUUAAGUGACUUGCGGCAAGUUGAAGCUAAAUAUCCAGCUUUGCUUUUCAAGCAACAACUUACUGCAUUCCUUGAGAAAAUUUAUGGAAUGAUAAGAGACAAUUUAAAGAAAGAGAUAUCUCCACUUCUUGGUUUGUGCAUCCAGGCCCCGAGAACAUCCCGUGCAAGCUUAGUAAAAGGAACACGUUCUCAGGCAAAUGCCAUGGCCCAACAAGCUCUGAUUGCACACUGGCAAAGCAUUGUGAAAAUCUUAACCAGCUACUUAAAAACACUGAAGGCUAAUUAUGUCCCAUCUUUCCUAGUUCGCAAGGUGUUCACCCAAACAUUUUCAUUUAUCAAUGUUCAACUAUUUAACAGCCUUCUUCUGAGGCGCGAGUGCUGUUCAUUUAGCAAUGGGGAAUAUGUCAAAGCAGGACUGGCUGAAUUAGAACGUUGGUGUUAUGGUGCAACCGAAGAGUAUGCAGGUUCUGCCUGGGAUGAGUUGAAGCAUAUCAGGCAGGCUGUUGGGUUCCUAGUUUUACAUCAGAAGCCAAAGAAGACGUUGAAGGAGAUAACUCAUGACCUAUGCCCAGUUCUUAGCAUACAGCAAUUAUACAGGAUCAGUACGAUGUACUGGGACGACAAAUAUGGUACACACAGUGUUUCAUCAGAGGUUAUUUUGAGUAUGAGAGUGAUGAUGACCGAGGACUCGAACAGUGCUGCCGGUAGUUCGUUCUUGUUGGAUGAUGAUUCCAGCAUCCCGUUUACGGUGGAUGACAUCUCCAAGUCAAUGACAGAGAUAGAUAUAGCAGAUGUUGAUCCGCCUGCUUUGAUUCGUCAGAACUCAGGCUUUGCAUUUUUGGCACAGAGAAAGGAGUAGUUGUCCUCCAAUGCUGCAGCUAAUUUGAGGUUCCUGUGCAUAAAGUUCAGCCUCUUCAUAGUCAAUGUGAAUAUGAAAUCAUUGGAGGCCCAUCAGAUCAGCUGGUGAAACAGAGUGGUAGGCAGAAAGUAAUAUUUGGCUAUGAUUUGUUGUUUUUUUAAUUAUUUUAUGUACAUGUGUGAGGUGUAGUUUUGAAGAUAAACCCUUUUACUGCGACUCUGGGCUGCUGCUAUUGAGGGGGGGAUGCACAGGGUCUGUUUCUCAUUCCACAGGUUCUAUAUCUAUGAGUUGGCCUUUGUCCAAAUGAUAUGUAAACUAUAGCCGUAGCUAUGUGUCUCCAAAAUAUUUCCUACCAAAGUUGUUUAUGAAGGGAAUCGUUAUCAACAGCUCUGCUCUGCCAAAAAUCUACUUAAUAUUCAUUUCCUA